GCUUCGGGCGCCAAUUACUGCUGGGCGGAGAUAAAAAUGAGAGUUUUCCUCAAUUGCGAAUUUCGUACCAUAAUAUUCAUCACCGAUUGCUGAACUUAAACCCACUAUAGCCCCUUGCUUCCUUUUUUAUCAGCAGAGGGACAUUGUGAACACAUACAUGCAUGCUCUUUAUACUGACAUAUACUAUGCUCCUUAUACUCUAAAAAUAACAGGAAGACAGAACAAUCUUACACGACGCUUUUUCCCUGAAGACGAAAGAGUAAAUUUUCUACUUCACACAUUUACGGAGGACAGGCUGACAGUUGAGCGCGUAAAACGGGAAUUAGUAGUCGAUUAUUAGCAAAAGCGAAAAGCGGCGCCUAUAACGGGACAAAAGCAAACCAGCGCGACCGAGGAAUAUUUACCAUCGUCGCACUUGAGCGCUCCCAGAAAAAGGUUUCAACGGUACAGGAGAGAAAUUUCACGCCGAAAGGUUCAUUCUUACUUAUUGCCGAAAUGUCAUCGAGCGAAAUCAAACCGGACGCUAUGUCAGCGGUCGAACUAUUAUCACCUGCAAACGCUACAGUUGUCGAGUUAAAUAUUGGAGGACAGACAUUUACGACCACUAUUGAGACGCUCGGAAGAUACGAGAACUCUCUUUUGGGACUAGUUUUCUCCAAACUCAACAAUUCUAGUUCUGUUCCACUUUUACGAGACACAAGAGGACGAUUUUUCAUAGAUAGAGACGGAAAUUUAUUCAGAUAUAUAUUAGACUACUUAAGAAACGACACUUUGACGUUACCCGAAAAAUUUUCCGAGACGAGGCGUCUGAUCGACGAAGCUAAAUACUACCGACUGCACGGACUAGUUGACGAGUUGCAAACGCGACAGCGAAUUCUGAAUAAAUAUGAAACGAGAGCAAAAGAUGGACUGACCACCAAAUUGUACCAGACAAGUCUAAACGCAUCAGACGACGAACUGAAGCCGGAAGAAACGGACUCAAAUAUGACAGCUGCCGGUUCAACUUCUGGUGCGUUGUCAGUGGGAGCUUCAGGAGUUUCGGGAGGUGUCGGAAGCCCUGGAUUUAUCACAGUUGGAUAUCGAGGCACCUUCGCUUUCGGCCGAGACGGACUGGCCGAUAUCCAAUUUAGGAAAGUGAUGCGGAUACUCGUUCACGGUCGAGUGAGUUUAUGCCGAGAAGUGUUCGGCCACUCGUUGAAUGAGUCACGUGACCCGGACAGGGGAAGUGUCGAGAGAUACAGUUCAAGAUUCUUUCUCAAGUACAAUUCUGUGGAACAGGCAUUCGACCAAUUGACCAAAAGUGGGUUCCAGCUGAGGGCAUCAUGCGCCAGCUCCGCCAACGGGACCUCCGUAGCCUCCGACACUGACAACGAGGAGACGAGAUGGAUGCACUACACAGAAUUCAUAUUCCACAGAGAGUAAAAAAUAUGGAAGAUGACAAAAACACAAGCUCAUCAGCAAAGAAGUCAAACGCUCAGAAUUAUAGUUCACGCCUAAUUGUUGAAAAGUCUCAUUUUGGCUCGCACUGAUUUGGCACUAGAUUUGGCCCUGAAGUUUGUUAUUGCAGAUUUUGUCUUGUUCCAAAAAUUCUCUCCCAGAGGCCGAUAACCGCCAGAUAUUUUCAUGAACUCUACGUGCGUGACCAGGAAAUGGCAAGCU